GGCAGUGUCUAUAAAGACCCCUCUGUCCGUGCGCCCGGGAGGGGCUGCAGCGCGGGGCCGGCGAGCGAUGGCAUUGCGGUUCGAGGCCCUGCACCCAGAGGGAAUCUGUCCUGGAUGGAGCAUCGUGGUCCAGGGCGAGACCAGUUCCAGCUCAAGCAUGUUUGAAAUUAAUUUGCUCUCUGAUCCUGGAGACCAAAUCGCUCUCCACUUUAACCCUCGCUUCUCCAGCUCCAGAAUCGUCUGCAACUCUUUUCUCAACAGCCACUGGGGGCAGGAAGAGGUUAACAACACUUUCCCUUUCAAAGCAAAGGAACCCUUUCAGGUUGAAAUCUACUCUGACCAGGACUAUUUCCACAUUUUCAUCAAUGAAAACAAAGUCCUGCAGUACAAGCAUCGGCAGAAGAAUCUUUCAUCCAUCACCAAGCUGCAGAUUCUCAAUGAUAUUGACAUUUCUUCAGUGGAAAUCACCAAACGAGGUCUUUAGUAGAAACCAGAGUUGGGACUCUCUCACAGACCAUUCCCCCUUAAGCUCCUGAUCCAGCCAGGGAUCAUUUCCUCCCCAUUUCCACAUGCCACCACCAGCCAGGGAGGUAGCCAUGUGUCCUCAUAGCGGAAGGGAUGGUCAUUCCAUCACAAGCUGCUAAGACAUCACCCGGCCACGUCACUCACUGUAGCCCAGCCCAUCAAAGACCAUCUCCCCCUACACCUUAGGGUGCACAACAGGCUUUGUAGGUCUGAUCCUCUUUGCUGCACAUCAAAACAUGUCUUGAGUAGUCUGGACACCUGAAUGCUACCUUAGAAAUUGUGUUUGCCCAAGAGCAGGGUGUGAAUGAGCACCAGUCCUCAGCUGGCCACGUGGUGAAUGUGGAUGUUAGGGGUGGAAAGGGACAUUUCUUUCCAGAAGCUGGGUAAGAAUGAUACCAGAUUUGCCUAAAUAAAAUCAACCAAGGAAAUCCCUGCUGCAACAUCCCUCUCUCGGCAGAUCCAUUAAAUCAUUCAUUCCCUGCCAAUCCAGGCACCUGGCCAUGAGCAGGGGCUGGUCACAGGGCAGGAGGACACGGCUGAGGUUUGUGUGAUUUUGGCAUUGGGAAAAUACUGCAUUUUUGCUUUGAGGGCUAAUAGAAGGUGAAGGUCCCUUGUAGGUGGAUCACUGGGUAUUACCAGGGAUUCCUUUCACCAGCUGAGAGAUGUUUGCUCAGCUCUAGUCCUGCCAAGUCCAGGCUUCUCAGACAGACCCCCAGAGUGGUGUAGUGUGUCACAGAAGGGCAAGAGCUUGAGGAGAUACAUAAAAGCACAUGGUUCCUCCCUCAUGCACCAGAAAUGCAGCUGGACUCCAGCAACAGAGACUGAGCAAACCAAGGUCUUGAAAUGAUGAUAAGCUUGGAACGAACAGAGUGCCUGGGGAUAUGCAUGGAUAGCCUCUGGCUUUCCUUUGCUUUAUUGUUUUCUUUUCUCCCCCUUUUUAGUUGUCUCUCAAAACAAUCCACUUGUUCCUUGCACCCUCUUCUCUUUUGCAGCCUCUUCCUUGGAGCACAACAUAGCUCUGACUCCAGGCCACAGCAGAGUAAAAGAUGUUAUUUUCACUUUGUUUUAAUUACGUGCAUCAUAAACAGCGUAAUGUCACAGUGUUAAAUCUGAACAGGAACUUAUUCCAAAAAUGCAA